AUGCAUAUAUUGCAAGUGCCGUAUCAAAAGGUUGAUGUACAGGUGUAUGGUGGUACUCUGCUGGUCAAGGAACAGCUAGAGGUCCUGCUAACCGGCCUGGCAGAAUAUGUGAGGGAGAAAGCCCCAGAAUCUGAAGGAUGCGGCUUAAUAUACACUUUGAAGGAUCUGCUCAGCGCAGCUCGAUGUGGCAUUUGGUGGUACGUGGAAGAACUGAAGCAACGGGGGAAUGAUAUCAUCCACCACAAUCCGAGAGAGGCUGUCGGUCUGUACACCAAAGCCAUGGAGAUUGAUGAGAAUCCAGAGCAUCCGUUUGAUCUACUGACACCGCGCGAGAAGGCAAUAUUGCACAGCAAUCGCUGCAUGGCACUGAUGAAACUCCAACAGCUUGGCCUUGCCUUGAAAGAUGCAAUAGCGUGUAUGAGAAUAGAUCCUACAUUCCAGAAGGGUUACUGGCGUGCUGCUACUGUCAUGAAGCAGAUGGGCAAGGAGGAUGAAGCUUUGGAGGCCCUCAUCAAGGGCUAUCCCAGGAUUGUAGGUGAUGACAAGAGGGCUGUUGAAUUCCGCGUCAACUUUGUCUAUGAGAUCACAUUUCUGACCGUUCGACUGUGGGAUAAGUGGACGAAAUCACAGACCCUCUUCAGACGUCUGGACGUCUCUACAUCCGUGUGGACUGAAGUUGUGCAACGCCUGGCCAGGAACAAGGAGUAUCAGGGUCUGCAUCUGGUGUUCCUCCGCGGUGGUACUCAGUCGGGCAAGAGGUUUGAGAUUGGGCAAGGCGGUGCAGCCAAAGGCUGUGACACAUCGGCCAUCAGCCUCCCACCCUUAGUCAGUGACCUGUCCAGCAGGGAAUACGACAGUUGGAGCAUGCAGUUGGUAGUGGAGCUGCUCAGACAUGGCUCCAAGGUGGUAGGGCUUAGCCAGAAAGAAGGGGACACCCCCUUACACUGUGCUGUGGAAAAUGCCUUGAGAACUGGAUGGGUGGGCCUGUUGGAGCACCUCUUCAUUCACCUUUACAAAACAAGCGAACGGAGAAACCUGCUCGACAGAUCUGGGGAUUCGCUCUUCCACCUGGUUGCCAAGAAAUCCGGCCCCGCUGCCCACGCCAAAUCAGUCGUGGAUGUCCUCCGGAGGUACGGGGUCGACCCGACCAAAAAGGACCAGCGGGGAUGUAGGCCUGUUGAGCUGGUGCCGUCGACCAAUCAGCAGAUGGCUGAAAAAUGUGGCUUGCUGAGCGAAGUAGCCCUCGCUUGGGAACAACAUGUUGAAGUGCAGCAGCAGCAACAGUUCCAGCAACAGCAACAGCAGCAACAACAGUUCCAGCAACAGCAGCAGCAACAACAGCAGCAGCAACAGCAGCAACAACAGUUCCCGCAGCAGCAGCAGCAGCAGCAUCAACAACAUUUACAGCAACAACAGCAGCAACAACAUUUACAGCAACAGCAGCAGCAACAGCAGCAACAACAGUUCCAACAACAGAGGGAAGAGCAGCGAAUGCAAGAUCAGAAAAAAAAAGAGGAGAAUCGGUGCAAGACGAAAGCAGAGAAGCGGGAAAGGAGGCAGGUACAGAAACUGGCAGAGGCCGAACGGAAGAAAAAAGAGGAGGAACGCAAGCAGCAGGAAGAGAAUAUACAAAAGGAGAAAGAACAAGAGGCACUACGCUUACAGCGGGCAGAGAAGAAGAGGAAAAAAAACCAAAAGAAGAAGGAAAAGAGAGAGAUGCAGAGAAAAAAAGAGUCUAACCAGAGCAGUUCUGAUGGUAUAAAAGUUUCUGGCGUCCCAGACGAUCAAUCCAAAAUGGACAGGGGACCAGAACGGGAGGGUCACCAUCAGCAAGCGACUGCGAGAACAGCUGAUCAGCACGUGCCUCGCAAGGAAAAGCUGCGUCGCGAAGUGGAGGUACUGCUGAAAGCCAUGCCCGUAUAUGACCCGAAGCAAAAGGUACUGGACCAAGCAAAUACUUCCGAGUUGCUAGCGACCUCGCCACUAUCGAGAAGCAGCCCGCAACAAAUUGAGGAUAGGGCAGAGGCUGUGAGGGAAGAAGAAUCGAGACUGAAUGUUGAAGAUGAAGAAGAAGAAGCAAAAGAUGAAGAAGAUGAGAAAGUAGAUGAUGAUGACGACGAUGAUGAAGUACAAGGCGCCAUUGAUGCAACAAUCUUUGAUGAUUUAACCUGGGAGGUAGAGUGCACUGCUAAGGUCUGGAAGUUCCUGCAUGACAAGCUGGUCCUCCACAGCCUGAAGGAGACGGCCAUCCGCAAGAUCCAGAUGCUGGGAAGUGGUGACUGGCGAGUGCGUCUCUGUAAACCCCUCGAGGGCCUGCCCAAGCAACACGACAUGAAGCUGUACGAAGCCCGGCUGACUAAAGGCGGCCGCAUUCUGUGGGAGUUGGCGAUAGCAUUCUCACCUCGCUGUAGCGAGGAGUCUGAAAAGAGGCUUGACUCGGGAGACGGUGCUUCGGAGUCUACAGCAGUGGCUGGAGGACGAGUGUACUCAGAGAUAAUCCGCAUCUGGGACAUCGUACCGGACCACCCUAAGGUUGUGCAUGCAAUCAAUGUGAUUGUCAAGUCGUUGGAGCGAGGAAAAGAAUGCAUCAUCCGUAAGAAACUGAUAGGCAUCGGCAACAAAUCGCCCACGGGAGUCACAAAAGCGCUUCGCCUGCCGACCUUCUUCCAGGAGGUCACAGGAAGCUCACCAGAGCGCAGCACCAAGGCCCUAGACGACUCCAAGAAGAUCCUGAGACCCUUCUUCCCGCCGGCGAGCUCCAGGAAGAACGAGUACCACAUCAUGAAGUUCUACUCUGUCAACUCCACGCUGGUCAAUGCCAUGCUCAACGACAGCAACGUCAAGGUAGAUUUCCCGUUUCGUGUGACUGAGUUGGAGCACGCCAUCAUCAACCUGCAGCCCAGACCCCCGUCCUCCAUCCUGCUGCUGGGCAGAAGCGGAACAGGCAAGACCACAUGCUGUCUGUACCGUAUGUGGACCAAAUUCGUCAAAUAUUGGCAGCAGGUUUCCAUGACGGGCGAGCCCUUGAUUCCUAGAGAUGUCGCCUUCAUUCACCAGGACAAGCUAGAUGAAGAAGAAAAUGGAAGUGACACAGACAGUGGCAGCGCCAGUGCAUCCAACAAACCCAGCCAAGCCUUCCGCCGUGGUUCUUCUGACUCGCGGAGUGCCGAUGCCUACUGCUCGACGUCAGUCAGCAGGACGGGUUGUCAUGGUGACGCGGACAAGAGCGGCGAAGCCCCGACGAUCAUGGACCACCUGCAUCAGAUCUUUGUUACCAAGAACGCGGUGCUUUGCAGAGAGGUCCAGCGCAACUUCUGCGACAUGAGCCACGCUUGCGAGUUUGCCGCCGAGCCCUUGGCGCAGCAGGACACACCCAUCCCUCAACGGUUCCAGGAUGCACACCAGGCCCGCUUCCCAUUGUUCCUUAGCUCGCCCCAGUUCCUACUGAUCCUCGACGCCUCCUUACCCAAUUCCUAUUUCCCACGUGCAGCUGACGGAUCAAUAAAACGGAAAAUAUGCGGGUGGGACGAAGAGGAUGGACCUUCGACUUUAAUUCCACUGAUGGAUGACGAGGAUGAGGAGGACGAAGACCAGGAUGAGGCCAACCCCAACGCACCUCGCCCCCUGGGCAGACAGCACGAGGCUCAAGGAGGCGGGGGACAGGCCACCAACUAUGACCCACGGCGCGAGGUCACCUAUGAGGUCUUCGCCUACAAGCUGUGGCCCAGCAUCAAUAAGAAGAAGAAGCUGUCUUGCCACUCUACGCUGGUGUGGAUGGAGAUCAGGUCCUUCAUCAAGGGGUCAGUUGAAGCACUCCACACCGAGUCAGGCUUCCUGUCCCUGGAGAGCUACUUGGCACUCGGCAAAAAGCGGGCCUCCAACUUCACUGCUGACAGAGAAGAGAUCUAUAGUCUCUUCAAGACGUAUGAGCACAUGAAAAGACAGAAGAACUAUUUUGACAUGGGGGAUCUGGUGUUCCACAUCUACCAUCGGCUGCGGGACAUCAAGACACUUGAGUGGGUCCUUCACGAGAUCUACGUGGACGAGACACAGGACUUCACUCAGGCCGAGCUGUCACUCUUCAUUCGCUGCUCACAUGAUCCAAACUCGCUCUUUCUGACUGGAGACACUGCACAGAGCAUCAUGCGUGGCGUUGCGUUCCGCUUUGAUGAUCUGAAGUCCCUCUUCCACUAUGCCAGCAAAUCUGUCAAGGCCCUGGGCAAGCACUCAGCUGUAGCUGUACCCAAGAAAGUCUACCAACUCACGCACAACUACCGAUCGCAUGCUGGAAUUCUGAACCUGGCCUCCACCAUCGUGGAUCUGAUGACCCAUUUCUUCCCCAACUCCUUUGAUCGUCUGGAGCGUGACCAGGGCUUGUUCCCUGGCCCCUCCCCAGUGUUGCUAGAGUCCUGCACUUUCAGUGACCUGGCUUUGCUGUUAAGUGGCAACAAGAGGAAGACCUCUGAGAUAGAGUUUGGAGCUCAUCAGGUCAUCUUGGUUGCCAAUAAAGAGGCUAUUGAGAAGCUGCCGGCUGAGCUUCGUGUGGGCCUUGUCAUGACCAUCUACCAGGCCAAGGGUCUGGAGUUUGACGACAUCCUACUCUACAACUUCUUCAAGGAUUCCCCAGCUGACAAGGAGUGGCGAGUGAUCACCGACUACCUGAACGAGUUGAUCGCUGAACAGUGCAACAGGUCCAAGGAACAGAAAGAAGGAUUGAAGGAAAUUGUCAUAGAGGGUUUGACAGAGACAGGUCGGCCACGGCCUCUGAAAUUCGACCCGGAUGAACACAAGGUGCUGAACUCAGAGCUGAAGUAUCUCUACACAGCUAUCACGAGAGCCAGGGUGAACGUCUGGAUCUUUGACGAGGAUACGUCCAAACGAGCGCCGAUGUUUGAGCUUUUCCGUCGCCUGAAACUCGUCAAAGGCAUCGGUUCGGAAACCGCCCCAGAAGCAGAGGGCCCUGAUCGGGACACCAUAUUUGUGAAGUCAAGCCCAGGGGAGUGGAUCCAGCGUGGCCAUUACUUCUUUGAGAACAAGCUGUGGAUGGAGGCUGCCAAGUGCUUCAAACGCGGUGGAGAUGAGAAGGGAGAAUUACAGGCCAUGGGGCACCACCUGGCUGUGGAAGCAGACCGCAUGAAAGACCAGCUACCAGCCAUGAGGGAGAGGUUCCUGCAAGCAGCCAGCCUGUUCCUGCAGUGUGAUAGCAGCCAGAUGGCCGUCAACUGCCUCUACAAUGCCAGGGAGUUUGACCUGCUGGCUCAGCUUCUGGAGAAGCGGGGAGAGUUCUCAAAAGCGGCCAAGAUCUACGAGAAGCGACUGAAUCGCAUUAGCGACGCCUGCCGCUGCCUGGAGCUGAUGGGGGAUUACGCCAAGGCCUUAGACCUCCUGUGCAGCGUGGGUCUGCACACCAAGGCCCUGGACCUCAUCGAUCGCUUCAACCGGUUCAAGCAGGAGCAGAAGACGAAGGGGAUGCCCUUACCAAGACAUGUCAGACCGCCGGGGGCCACCCACACCUUGAAUGAGUUGUUCUCCAAGUCGGCAGAGUACCACUACAAACAAAAAGACCAUGGGCAAAUGCUGGAUGCCUUGGAGCAAUUGGACCAGUUGGAAACUAGAGUAGACUUCCUGCAUAAGAAGGAACUGUUUGAUGAGGCUGUAGCAAUGCUGAAGGGUCAUGGAAAUCUUCUGGAAGCAGCGAAAAUACUCAUAGAGCAGGGUAAGCUAGAGGAAGCCUGCACCAUCCUAGAAUCGUCAAGUUAUCCGGAGUUUGUAGCAGAAUGUCGACUGAGCCAGGCCAGAAAGCUACUACUAGAGCCAGACAGUGAGGCCAACCAGGCUUCUGCCGUCUCGCUUCUCACCAAGGCAGAGAGCCUGUUCAGCAGAUGCAGUGACUCUGUCAUGAAAGCCGAGACGCUGCUUCUCCUUGGACAAGUGCAGAAGGAUGCCGCCAAGAUCCGCGAAGCCAAAGUCUCCUUCAAUAGAAUGUCAAACACUGCCGGGGAAUCGGAAUGCACUGAUCACCUGAUCAAGCUCUCCCCACCUAGCACUGAUGAUAUCAUCCAGCAGCUUAAGAAACUUGUGGAGCUGAUAUGUGCUCUGUUUGAGAGCACCAAUCCCAGAGAAGAGACGAUCCUGCAGAGACGAUCCUGCGAAGACUUCUUUGGUUUGCGUUCCAAAGAAGCUGAUGAUCAUCUCCACAUUCAGAGGUGCGAAGGAGCCAGAAUCUUGUCUGCACUCGGUAGGAACGUGUCGCAGUUGAGCAAAGUUAAGGCUGUGAGGGCGCGAGAAGCUAUCGCCAAGUAUUGCCUGAUUCCAAGAGCCCUGGGAUGGGUGAAGAGGAUAUGUGAGCUACUUCUUGGGGAAAUAAAAAAGCUGACUCAGUGCGUUGAUCAUCAGAUUGGGAUGCCAUGCUUGAAGGACCCUGAAACCUGUCAACAACUCCAUUCACCAUACUCGUUUCACCACGUAUUGAAUCGGGUGAACGACCUUGUCCUGCUGAUCGAGAUUGACGACAUUAUCGGGAAGGCCUCCCGAUUGUCCAGCUUCAAGGCUGCAGAAAAGCUUACGGCGGAGAUUAAACGGAGUCAUGUAAAUAGUGCUGAGAUGUGCAAGGCACUGUAUGAAAUUUUCUUCCCCAAGCACUGCCAUCAACGCUUCAUUGGUGAAACAGUUCAAACAACGCAAGAGCUUCUGAAACCUGUACAACAUGCCUCUGUCAGAAGGCGGCUGAAGACCUUUGUUGAGAAUGAGCGCAAGAAGGUUGACCCUAAGCACCAGAGGGCAGACACAGAUUUGUACCUAAUGUGUCAUGGUAUUUACCUUCUUAUAGGUGAGAAGGCAACAGUCAUGAAAAAGUUGGUUACCCGGGAAGAAGAUGACUGCUUAAGUUGGCAAAAGACAGAAGGCUGGAAACAUCCUAAUCCAUUAGGAAUGCACCCACUGCAUUCUAAUGAGCCACGGAAUGGCUUCAGUAGCUACAAGCACCGCCAUUUGAAAUCUGGUGAAGAGCUCUACACAAAGGGUGAUGCAAUGCAGUCCCUCAUUUCGUUCAAUCGCUUCAUGGGCACUCUGGUUAACAAGCCGGUGAAACCUCUUCUGCCGUCCAUUAGUAACACAGUGGCAAUGAUAGAGGUGAAUGUCACCAUGAUGUUAGCACUUGGAGCAAAAACACAGCGGUGUGCUGUUGCCAUACCGGCGAGUUACCUAGCCCAGGCUGCCUUCCUCGAUGCUAUAUGCUCUCCGGCAGAGGGACAUGCAAUUUAUACUGCUGUGAAUGUCACAAAUCCUAAUGAGCAGACCUUUGGCCAGACUUGCCAUCUGGCUCGUCUGAUUUGUGGGACAACUAAGGUGGGCAGGGAUUUCAAUGUCUUGGCAGAUGCCUUCUCCAGUGUUGAGUACAUACAAACUGGAGAGGCUGAACGCACACUGGUUCUGGUGCUUGUGAUGAUGUGUAAUGCUGGGAUGGCCCUACCUGAACCGAUCAUCAAAGAGACAAGGGAAGCACUACAAUCCAUAGCUCCAUCUGAAGACCGUCUGCCAAAGAGAGUCUACACUGCUCUCUGCAGAAUCAGGGAAGCCCAGUGUCGUCACGAUGCCCUCAGUAUUUUGCAGAAGCUCCUGAAGGCUCGUGGCGAAGAGUCCCUCAGAGAAUGCAGAUGGAAUCCACACAUGCCUGGGUUGGAUUUCAACAUCUUGAACCUGGAGACCUUUGGUAAUGUACAGUUUGAGACUAUUCAUGCCAUACCCACGACUGUCUUCACUGAACUGCUGAAAGGCAACAUCCGUCAAAGAGGGAGAGACUUGGACGAGGAGGAAGACGAAAGUGCUGGCUGGGAGAGGGGAGUGGAAUGCAUUGACAAUCCAGAAGUGAAAGGUGACCUUGAAGUGUCUGAAGAAGUAGAGACAAGAUCAGCCACUGCCUGGGUGUCCCAGCAGCUCUUGGAGUUCCUGCACACUCCCAAACAGUGCACCAUUUGCAAUGUCAGUCUGAGAGGGGCCGAAGAGGCGAGACUUGAGCCGGAGGAACUGAUUGAAGAAGGCCAUGACAAAGACGAUGCAGGUGAAGCAGUCUCGGUGCAAUCAGAUCUGGGGCCCAUGUCCAAAGCAGACAGCAAAGAUAUUCAACCGACCCAGGAGGAGCAUGAAGCAACAGCUCUCCAUCAGCAGAAACAUCAAGAUUUCCUGCAAUACGCAAAAAUGCUCCAUGAUGAGGUGUAUCCAUUAGUGACAGAGGUUGAAAAAUUACUUCAGGAGCUUGGCUUCAUCCCCACCCUAACAGCAGGAAACGUUGGAAACUCAGAUGACUUUCAAAACUUUGAUGUGACUUUGUCUGGAUGGUGGCAGUUUCUUGCUGUCAAGAUGGCGGAGAUCCAAAGGCAACGGGCCUUUAAAGAGCUUGUAGAGGUCAGGUACAUCAUGGAGCAGCUCACAGAGCAAUACCAAGCAUGCAAGAAAAGACUUGAACAGAUUGCUGACGAAGAUGUCAAGGAGGCAGACGUCAUACCCUUUGAGGAAGAAGAAGAAACAGACGAAGAUAAUAUCCUGCCUGUCGCCGAAUAGCCAGA